AUGAGUAUCAACGUCUAUCAGUUACCCAUCGAGCAGCUCGAAGGCCUCAAGGAGCAGCUUGACAAUGAUGUGCGUAGUCUUGGGACGGCGUACGACGGCCUCUACAACGGCCGCACUCGCUACCAGGACAACCACGACGUGGUUGCGCAGUACCACGCCGUUUGCGAGAACGCCGCCAGGACGGAAGCGGCGCAGGAGGUGCUCGUGUGCAUGACGUCGUCACUCUUUGUGCGCGGCACCGUCGUGCCGAGUGACAAGGUAUUGGUGGACGUCGGCACCGGCUACUUUCUGGAGCAGUCGAUGGAACACGCGAAGAAGUACUUCAUGUCUCGCGCGGCGCAAAUCAAGGAGAGUAUGGACCAGGUAGAGAAGACAAUUGUGUUGAAGCAGCGGCAGCAAAAUCAGGUUAUCGACGCACUCCAGCAGAAGACAGCGGCGAUGCAGCGUUACCACGAGGGGACGCGGGAAUGA